UAUUCCAAACCAAAAACGUCUGUGUUUCAAUAAUCCCUCUCUCUCUCUCUCUUGAAACUUCCGUCUGAUCUUCGUGUUCGUCAAAUCGUUGCUAUCAUCUGGUUUUUUCUUCUGCGGAAUUGAAUUUUAAACUUCCGUUUUCGGUAAUCGCUGCAUUUUUUUGUGUGGAUAGAGAUAUAAAUGUCGGUGCAGAGAAGAGUGAUGAGCUGGAGGAGAGUUGCGAAGUCGCUGCAAGCGGUGGUGGCUCAUGUUCUGCUCUUCUCUUUCUCCGUUUUGCUCGCUCUCAGACUUGAUCAUGACGUCUCCUACUCUUGGUGGAUUAUAUUUGCACCUCUGUGGCUAUUUCAUGCUGUAGUAGCACGUGGCAGGUUUUCCUUACCUGCUCCAUCAAUGCCUCGCAAUCGACAUUGGGCCCCAUUUCAUGCGGUCAUGGCGACUCCAUUGCUGGUUGCGUUUGAGCUACUACUCUGUGUGCGUCUCGAGGGAAAAUAUGUUGUGAACUUGAAAAUUGUCCUUCUGCCCUUGCUUGCACUUGAAAUAGCCAUUUUGAUUGAUAACAUCAGGAUGUGCAGGGCUUUAAUGCCUGGAGAUGAUGAAACCAUGAGUGAUGAAGCAAUAUGGGAGACACUUCCUCACUUCUGGGUUGCAAUCUCUAUGGUCUUCUUCAUUGCUGCCACUGCCUUCACUCUUCUAAAAUUAUGUGGUGAUGUAGCUGCUCUAGGUUGGUGGGAUUUAUUUAUAAAUUUUGGCAUUGCACAGUGCUUUGCAUUUCUAGUCUGCACAAAAUGGCAUAACCCAGCAAUUCAUAGGCGUCAUCACAUCCUGGAGCCUAGCUCUUCGUCAGUAAGUGUAAGAUAUCUUGAUUGGAAUGGGGGACUUGUAAUUUCUUCUGAUGAAGACCGGCAUCAGGAUGGCAGAUUGUGCACCUUGCAAGAUAUUGGUGGACACAUUAUGAAAAUUCCAUUUAUCGCUUUCCAGAUUCUACUUUUUAUGCACUUAGAGGGAACACCACCUAGUGCUAGAUAUAUGCCAGUUCUAGUUGUUUUUAUUCCUCUGUUUCUGCUGCAAGGAGCUGGGGUCAUGUUUGCAGUAUAUAGGUUAGUGGAGAAAACUGUUAUCUUGUACCGUAGUGGAGCUAGUUCAGGAAGGUACUUUGAUAUUGCAUCAACAGCUCGUGAAUAUUUUGGGUUCUUGCACCAUGGAUCAAGGUUGCUAGGUUGGUGGUCAAUUGAUGAGGGAAGUAGAGAGGAGCAGGCAAGACUCUAUUGUGCUGAAGCUACCAGUUACAACACUUUCUCACCAGAUAUUGUGAGGAAAAUGCCCAAGUCAGAUCUUGUUGAUGAGAUUUGGAGACUACAAGCUGCACUUAGUGAGCAAACAGAAAUAACUAAGUUUAGCCAGCAGGAGUAUGAAAGACUUCAAAAUGACAAGAUUCUGUGUCGAGUUUGCUUCGAAGAGCACAUCAAUAUCGUACUUCUUCCUUGCAGACAUCAUGUGCUUUGCAGCACGUGCUCGGAGAAAUGUAAAAAAUGCCCCAUAUGCCGCGUCUGUAUUGAAGAGCGACUGCCCGUAUACGAUGUGUAGUUUCAACAUUUUGUAGAAAGUUUGGAAGCCUGAACUUCGUAUCCUUGCUUCUGAUUUUAAACCGAAGCAAGCAUUGAGAAGCUGCCAGUCAUGGUUUCUCUUGUUCAUGCUGUUAUAUUAGUGUAAACAACAUUGGGUUCAAUUGUAAAUUUAUCAUGCAAUUCAAUUAAAUUUAAGUUGUUUCCCCCAAA